AUGCAAUACAACAACAACAACAACAACAACAACAACAACAACAACAACAACAACAACAACAACAACAACAACAACAACAACAACAACAACAACAACAACAAUCAAGUGCUAGCCGUAGCCCGGGGUCUUGCCUCCGGCUCGGCUCGCAAGCUCACCCCCCCCUCGAGCAUUCCAGGCAAUCAGCUUGCACUGCUCUUGUACUUUUAA